CGUUGCAUAUGUAUGUGAUCGACGAAUCUUCACAUCGAAACGUUUCCAUUAUUAUAUCUUCGUAAUUAAUAUAAAGAGGAAUAAUAAUAAUCAAUUAGAUCGAUUCAAAUUGUUGAAAGUAUUCAUUGACGGGAAAGAAAGAAAGAGAGAAAGAGAGAGAGAGAGAGAAGAAAGAAAAAAAAACAAACAAACAAACAGACUCAAUAGAUUUUCCUACAUUCGUUCGUCAUAUCGCGUUCUUUAUCAUGUUCCUCUCUGACGUAAAAAAUGUUCCAAUUUUUUAAGAAAUCUGGGCAACGAGACAGGCCCAGAUCAUUGUACGCUUCUCCAACAAAAUCAACAAAAUUAGAAAAGACAUUUGGAGAUGAAUUUGGUGAUAGUGCGUCGAUCUAUAUACCGUCAAGUAUAUUGUGCAGCCUUGAGGAGGAAGAGGAAAAUGAAAUUCUUAAAGAAGAAAAAGACAAUAAACGACCAUUUGGGUCUCAAUUAUCUAAAACGCUUCCAGAGAUACUUGCGGAUAAGGGUGCCCUAGGUUACUUUAUCCAAUUUAUGGAUACAAGAAAUUCAAUAGCUCUUAUAAAAUUUUGGUUAGAGGUCGAAUGUUUAUGUGGAUCAUUUCCUAACUUCCAUCUUGAAGAUGAAAAUGUGGAGAAUUUGAAUUUUAAGAAUGAUCAUACUACGAAGUCCGAUACAUUCGCAGAUUCAUUGGACGAUAAUGAGAACUUUAAUUGCAAUAUGCUGCAGGGUAAUAUUGAAAAUCGCAAUAGAGAAAAGGGACUGUAUAAUGAAAUUGUAAAUAGUAAUGAUGUAAAAUCAAAUUGUAAUGACAUGCCAAAGAUUAGUGAGAUGCUAAGUGGUAUGCGACAAUCAAAUCGCAAAUGUGAAAAUAAAAGGGGCGAUAUGACAAAUACUAGGGAAGAUGCUUUAAGAAUUUAUAAAAAAUAUAUUAUUAAAGAAACAUUGGGUACUAAUCGAAUUCCUGAGGAACUAAAACUAGAAAUAGAAAAUGCUCUUAAGUGCGAAAACCUAGAGCCUAUAUUACGGUGCCUAUCUAACAUUCAAAAUAUUAUAUUUGAUGUUAUAGAAAAGGAAUAUAUUAAUGACUUCCUUCGAAGUGAAUUUCAUUGUAAACAUCAAAUUGAUGUUUUAACAAGUGGAAAUGUACAAUUAGGAGACAUAUUAUAUAAUGAAACUGCAUUUUUUUAUUUCAUGGAGUUUAUGGAACUUGAAAAUAAACGCGAGCUUUUAGAUUUUUGGAUGGCUGCAAUCAAUUACAAGCAAAAUCUUUUGGAAAAGAAAGAUCCAAUAAAUCCUGAGGAAGCUCAAUCUGAUGCUCUUAUUAUAUACGACAAAUAUUUUAGUUUGCAAGCAACAACGCCACUUGGGUUUAUUGAUAAAAUUCGUUUCGAAGUUGAGCAAAAUAUUUGCCGUGAAAAUGGAGAGGGACCAUUACCUGAUUGUUUUGAUAAACCUUGUAAAAUUGUAUAUAAAUUUCUCAAUAAGCACUAUUUGCCUACCUUUUUAUCAUCGCAGCUGUAUUAUAAAUACUUGUCAGAAUUGAUCAGUACUAUUCAAAGUAAUCCAUGUUCGAGUUAUCAGCUCAGAAUAAAGAGAGCAGGUUCUGACUGUAGUAGUGAAGUGAGCUCUAUCAGUAACAGUAUGCAAAGUACCCUGCAGGCAGGGAACAAUGCCAAUGGAAUAUUAUCUAGUACUAGUAAUAGUACAAAAACAAGUGCACACAGUAGUAUGAAUAUCGAUACAAGACAACUCUAUGAUCCAGAUUCUUUAUGGAGGCGUAACAAAUAUAGAUUAAGUGUUGGCUACAUCGAUUACUUGGGUAGAUUUAUUACAGAAAUAGAACCUGAUCCAUGUAGAAAAUAUGAAUCACGAUUAGCACGUGCUGUGAAAAGACUCGUAAAUUUGGAACAGGAUAAGGCGAAAGAAGAACUGGCAUGGAAGAUAGCAGAAAUGAUCAUUCGUGACAUUACAUCCUUGACUUUAGGAGCUACAAAUCUUCCAUCUUGAUGGGAUAUACUUUACAUAAUAUGAUCUUGGAAUAUGAAAAUGGAAUUUUUGAAGCAUUUUAUAUUAUCACAGAUGCUUGAAAGGUUAUAUUUCAAACAAUUAUUUUAUUAUUACUUAUUACAGGUUAAAAAUGUGUAUGUUUGAAAAAAAAAAAGUGCCAAAAAAGAAGUUAAAGGAAAAUUAAGUUAACUUUUAGUUCGGUUAUAAUUUAAGUUUAACAUUUUAUUUCAAAACAAUUUCGGAGCACCGUUUAAAAAUUUUUCAAAUCACGUUUGAUAUUAAUAGAUUAUAAAAAUGAAAUUUUAGUAUAUGAAAAUCUUAUUUCUAUGUGAUGUAUAUUGCGAUUAGAUAGUAAUAUGUUAGUACAAUUAUUUCACUUCAGUUAUUAAACAUGAAAGAAAUACGAUAUAUAUAUAUAUAUCAGAAUAAAAAAAAAUAAAUUCAUUGUACAUAAUGAUAUCUUGCAAAUAUGAAAGUAACAACAAUUAGUAAAGACAGAGUAGUGUUAUAUAAUUUGCUUACUACUUAAUAUUUUUUAUUCUCUCUAUAAAUUAUCUUUUGAUUAACAUUUCUUUUUCUUUUUUUUUUUUUUUAUAUAUAUAUAUAUUGUUUUAACUUAUAAUUAUUAAUUUCUUACAAAUUAUGCUACGGUUUAUUUUAUCUUACCAUGAUACAUGUAUCACAGAUAAAACAGCAAAUUAAGAAAAAAUAUAAUGGAAACAAUGGUACAAGUUACACGAGUAUCUCUUUACAAGAACUUUAAGAAUAUUUACUUUUUACAAAAUUAUCAGAAAAUGAAGUCAAUGAAAGAUCAUUCAUAUUUGUUAACAUAGCUGUAGAUAUAUUAUACAAGGGUCGCUGUAGAACGGCACAAAUCAAACCACUUAUUAUGUUCUUAAGUUUACUGAAUUUAUAUAUAUGUUUUUUUUUUUUUUUUUUUUAAUUACAAAUAAUACUCCAGUGAUUAUAAGGCAUAAUUAUUAUCAAUUAUUCUCAUAUGAGAUUAUAUAAAAGUAUUAACUUUGAAUAUAUAUUAAUAUAUGUAAUUAUUAAGUACAUUAUAAAUUAAUUUGCAUAGGGCAUUCUUUUGAACACUUUUGAUGUUAAUUAUUAUUUAUUUCUUUUUUAUUGCUGUUUUUUCUUUUUUAUAUUAUAUUGCAGAAAUAUUAUGAAUUUCUUUCCAUAUUUUAUUGGCACUGAUCUAAUAUUUUAAUUGAUAUAAUAUCUUAAAUUGCAUCCCUAUUGAUAAGGUAUAGUUAUAAAUUUAAGAAAUUAAAAAAGGAUAUAAGUUGCAUAUUAAUUGCAGCAAUUGAAUGAUAAAAAUACGCAUAUCUUUUAUUUGUAUUCUUCUUUGUCAUAAAUUUGUAUGAUCUGAUAAUUAAUAGCAAAUUUUAUUUUACAAUUAAUAGAAAUUAUAAAUUUGUUGUGCUAUACCAUUAACAAAAUUAAAAAAUUGUAUAUAUUAAUAUCUGUAAUAUAUAAUAUAAUAUUGAACAGUACACAUACAUAUAUAUAUACAUAUACACAUACACAUUUACAAUAAAUCAAUUAAGAAUUUAUUAGAAGUAUAAAUUGUAGGUUUAUUUUCGAGUAUAUAUAAAAUGAGAAAAUUAUUGUACAUUAUGUAUAAGAAAAAAAAAAAAAAAAAAAAAAAAAAUUACUAAAAUUGAUACAAGCAUAACUUGAAAAAUAUACUAUCAUAAUUGAUAAGCUGAUAGAUCAAAAUUGUGAUGUUAAUAAUACAUAUUUACUGCUGCUUGCUGGUUCCUUUUUAUACUAUAUUAAUAAACAACUAAUUAUUA